AUGGCAGGUGUUGUCUUACCAGCUUCCAUUCAACCACAGUUGCUUAGGCCUCUAGCAUACAGAAUAUUAACUAGAAAGUUUGGUUUGAAUAUAAAAUCUGAUGGUCUAGCAGCAUUGGCAUCCUACAUCGGUGCUACUUUUGGGCUUAAUUGGAGGCAGAAUAGUGAGACUACGAUAUUUCUGGAACAAUUUGCGGCAAUAUGGCGGGAACAGGGCAGAGGUUUAUUUGUAGAUGAGAUUAACGUUCAGCAAGUAAUCAGCGAGAUUAAAGAGCGUGAGAAGGCAGAACAAAGCCAGAUACGUGAGAAAUCGCACCAUAGCGCAAGGAAGAAUAAUCUUGAGGCAUUUCUGAAGAAGUCUAAAAGCCCUGGCACGGAAGCUGAAGCUCAAGUGCUCUCUCAGGGCUCCAUUGCUUCAAAUUCUCCAAACGUUCUCGAAGAGGGAUCCCCUUUGAACUCAGAUUCUGAAUCUUCCGCAGGUGAUCACCCCAUAACAGGUUACACAAAUGUGGGAUCGGAACUAGACUGGACUGAUUACUUUAAGGUUAUUAGUACUUUCAAGCAACAAAAGUUUACAUAUGACCAUGUUAAAAGACAUUACGUGUACGUACCGCAAACAACAGAAAGCCAUAAGAAUUUGCUAACAAUGGCGAAACUGAAACUUCCAAACGUUGAAUCCCAGGUAUCAUUAUUCACUACCAGGUAUCACAUUGUCAAGGAUAAAGUACUGCGGAAUGAAAACUUUCAGAACAAUGAUAUAUUUAAUCCCAUGUCUUCAGUGGUGGAGAUGGGAAAACAAUUGGGCGAUACAGAAAAUUCAGCACUCAAUUCAGCUACGUACAUGAAAAUUACACAGAUAAAGAAUUUACUGGGACAUGACGGUAAGAAUUUCUUGCUUCUAGGUUUAUUAGAUCGGAAUUCGAAAGGAAAUUGGAGCUUAGAAGACCCAAGUGGUACUAUUGAGUUGGAUAUUCAACAGGCUAUUCCUACCAAAGGAACUUAUUACGUACCAGGGUGCAUAGUCCUGGUGGAAGGAAUUUAUUUCACUUAUAACAAUACCUUCGUGGUUUCGUCAAUUACACAUCCACCAGGCGAAAAAAGAGAUGUAACUUUGGAGGCCAUUGGUAACUUAGACCUGUUGGGAGCUUUUAAUCCUUCAAAUGAAAAUUACACUGCAAGAUUGGACGAUGACUUGAAGAUCAGAAUGCACUAUCUCGAGCAAGAGCUUAGCGAUCACAAAUUUGUUUUACUAGGCGGUGAUAUCUUCUUGGAUGAAACUAGCACAAUGGAUGGUCUAAAAAAGACAUUUGAUAAACUCAAUAGAGACCCUCCUGUUGCCAUUGUAUUCAAUGGUUCAUUUGUGUCUGUACCUGUACACCCAAGCCUAACGUCUAAAAAUGUGAGUGCGACGGUAUCAUAUAAGAAUAAUUUUGAUGAGUUGGCGACACUCUUGAGUAACUAUGAGAACUUAAUUAAUGAUACUCAUAUGAUAUUUAUUCCGGGACCCAAUGACCCUUGGUCCUCAAUGGUUGGAUUAGGUACCACAACGUUAUGGCCUCAAAAGGAGAUACCCUCUUCAUUUGUACAAAAAAUGAACAGGAUAUGCAGAAAAAUACACUGGGGAUCCAAUCCGCUUCGUAUUGCAUACCUAUCUCAAGAAAUUGUUCUUACACGCGAUGAUCUCGCAAAUAGAUUUAAGAGAUAUAACAUUAUUUUCCCUGCGAUGGAAGAAGAAAAGUACAUGGAAAACGUCGAACUGCAAGAGCAAUAUUCCAGAAACCCGGAUGUUUCUGUGGGUCAGUUAAUAGCAUUGAAGAAUAACUUACCGGUACAUGUAUUGGAAUCAAGAAAACUAGUAAAGACACUUUUGGAUCAACAACAUCUUUCCCCAUUUUCGAGCAGAAUCAGGCCCACCAUAUGGGAUCUUGAUUUCACUUUACAAUUGUCUCCGCUUCCUUCGAGCAUAAUGCUAUGUGACAGUAGUGCACCAGCUUUUGAUGUUACUUAUAAUGGUUGCAAAACCAUUAACCCGGGCAGAUUUAUUCACAAAAGAAUGGCCAAAUACGUAGAGUUUUAUCCGGCUACUAAGGCCGUAGUGGAAGAAGAAAUACCCUUUUAA